AUGGUUGUCCAUCCUGGUGAGUCCCAAACUGUUUACAAUGCUCCAAAAGUUAUCACCAAUGGUAGUUCGUCUGCAAUUCCAAGAAUCCCGCUAGUAGUUGUCACCGCUAUUUCAUCAUUGAAAUCCCUAGUUCUUGUACUUCUUGAUAGCUUUACAUCCACAUGGUUUUCAAACCAAACUUGUCCUACCGACCACAUGUUUGCUAAACAAGAAUCCCAUCUUUCUGUCCAAGGACGCCUGCAACAACCAUGGGAGUACAUGGAAAGAUCAAACAUGGCGGAAAACAUAAACGAAGGAGACGAUGCAGUGAUCGGACUUCCUCCUGGAUUCAGAUUCCAUCCGACUGAUGAAGAAAUCGUCACUCAUUAUCUAACACCUAAAGUUCUUAACCGGAAAUUCACCGCCAGUGCAAUCGGAGAAGCUGAUCUCAACAAGUCGGAGCCAUGGGAUUUACCUAAGAAAGCUAAGAUGGAGGGAGAUCAGAAGGAAUGGUUCUUCUUUUGUCAGAGAGAUCGGAAGUAUCCGACAGGGAUGAGAACUAAUCGUGCGACGGAAUCCGGUUACUGGAAGGCUACCGGAAAAGAUAGGGAGAUAUACAGGCCUGGCGGAAACUUGGUAGGGAUGAAGAAGACGCUUGUUUUCUAUAGAGGAAGAGCUCCAAAAGGGGAAAAGACGAAUUGGGUCAUGCACGAAUUCAGACUUGAAGGAAAAUUCUCAUACUACAACAUGCCUACACCCUCUCAGGAUGAAUGGGUUGUAUGUCGUGUAUUUCACAAGAACACAGGAUCACAGAAGAGCCCGAAUACAGAUCAUGGGUUCAGUUCUUUUGUCGAAGACCUCUUGGUUGGUCCAUCAAUGCUACCUGCACUGACGGAUCCUUCGGGCUUAAAUGUUGACCCGACCUUUGAUACUGAACCAUUCUACUUGUCUUAUGACCAACAUGAAAUUCAUCGAAAAGAAGAUUACAAAAACAUCAGUGUAUCUUCUUAUAAUUACAACUUUGAUACCAACAAUUACCAAACGAGUCCAUUUAUGAACGAACACCUAUACAAGAACGUACAUAAUCGAGUGAGUAGCGAUCAUGUGGGCACAUCUUCGUUUUCCGACUUGGAUUCUUUAUUGGAAUAUUAAAUGAGCUUAAGAUUUGUUUUUUUAUGAUUUUAUUUAUAUAGAUUAAAUUAUAUUUGUUAAUUAUAGUCCCGAAAGGUUUUUAGGGUAAAUAUUGAGUGGAU